CCUUGCUGUAAGUCAGUUGCUGCUAGGAACUUCUGGCUAGAAGGACUGGCCAAUCAUCUGCUAUCUCAAGAUCGAUCACCAGGGGCGUACUCUUGUUGUUCUCGGGGCUUCUACAUGAUGGGCUUGCGGCCAAGAUGAUCAAAUCGAAAAAGAAUCCAUCCAUGGAAUGAUACCUUUACAUGGCAUUGGACUCGUUUCAAGCGCUAUCAAAGCCAAUCCAUACCGAGAUAUCCGCAAGACCAGAUAGGCAAGAGAAUACUAUUGUUUGCAAGGCCGGAGGGACUUGCACCACUCAUGCAACGGUAGAUUUCUUGCGAAUCUGUGAUACCUGGGCGCUUUCCAUCUCCUGUAAUCCGGCGUGGAGCCAUCAUAUGGUUGUUUUUGUGUCAUAGUUGGGCCGGGUCUUGAAAGGGGUUACGACCAACUUCUUUUGCACCAAGUGUAUACAUGCUCAGUCGCCUUGCUCCUUACUCCUCAACCUCCUUUUUACAUCGUCAAAUGACACCCGUAUAGUCUUGGUAUGCGGCAUCAACAGUAUACUUUGUUCCUUCGAAGAGGACUGUCGACGAGUUCUGGACGGAUCGCGCGGAUUUGAUAUGCGUCCUCUUAUAGGGACCAGCCUCCAUAUUUAUGGUUCUUGACCGAACGUCGGGAAAACUGGUCGUAACCGUUUUUGGAACCCCCUCCAGCAAUAUUCCUUGAUGGCCGCCUUACACAGCACAUUAGCCACUCUGGUUGCAAUUUUUAUGCUGGGCCAAUGGGGAACGGUCGGAAGGAUGCGCCGACGCGUGCUUCUUCGUCUUCUUUUGACGCGUUCUCGGUCAUGCUGCUUCGCACAUACAAUGUCGCCCCGUGACACAAAGUCGCGCUCCUUGCUGGCCCUCUCCUUUUCCGCCUCUUGUUCUCUUUUCCCCUCGUCUUCCUAUACCACACGCUCCUUUUUACCAGCGUGUCUAUAAGACACUCUUCGUUCGUUCAGAAAUCGACCAAGCGCGUCGUCGAAGUCACUCGUUUGACUGGCUACUUCAACAUGCAGACCAUCAUCCAGAGCUUACUUUUUGGCCUGUCUAUUGCGAUCGGUGUAAACGCACUCGCCCUUCCUGCUCCGACGCACGCGGCGAGGGCGUUCGCACCUCCCGCGGUUCCGUCCUCCAACUCGGCCAAUGUCGAUCCCAGCAACCUGCCGAACUACGGCUUCAUCCGCCCAUCCAACGGACAUCUAUAUGACGGCCUUGGUAAUCUGUGGGACUUUGCAACUUUCAAUUCCCCACACUUACUCACCUGCGAGCCUUUUGAGGUGGUGGACACCAUGCGAACCCUUGCCGCCGGCUUCGCGCGCCCAGUCUCCAGAACCUAUGUUCUGCAAGUGACCAGUAUCAACAUCCCUGCUGACCAAGCCCAUAUCGUGUCAUGGGACAACACAACCAUGGACUGGGUGUACAACGAGGCCAUGUUUCAGAAGAUGGACUUUGUUUUGGCAACCGCCGCACAAUAUGGAGUCAAAAUCGUGCACCCCAUCAUUAAUCAAGACUACGGCUCGCAGGAUACUAAUUACGCUGGUAACUGGGCGGAUCUCAUUCGGAUGCGCUAUGGUUUUGCUACCUACGAGGAUACCUAUGCUGUCAAUUGGUUCGCUGACCCGAUCAUGUUGGAGUCUUUCAAGCUCAUUAUCAACUACUACCUGAAUCGCAUCAAUACGGUCAAUGGUAUCAGGUACGGGGACGACCCCACGUUCCUGGCCCAUGAGACGGGUAAUGAAAUGAACUACCUCGGGUACCUUCCCGCUCCCGGAAACUGGACCGUUGCUGUUGCUACCUUUAUCAAGUCACUCGCACCAAGAACUAUGGUUCUUGAUGGUAGCUUGGCUAGGAACAACUACACGGAUCAGUCCUUCGCCCUGGAAGCUCUGCAAUCUCCUCUUGUCGACCUGUUCUCCUAUCACUACUAUCGUGAUAACCCGCCUGCGUACGACUACAGGCGCAUCAAUGCUGACUCAGCAUACGUUCAAAGCUUCGGCAAGACUUAUGUUGUCGGCGAGCACGGCUUCUACGCCAACUACUCAGAGUUCUCGGACUUCUUCUAUCGACAGAAGGAGUCUAACACUGCCGGGUCGAUGGUCUGGUCUAUUCGACCCCAUUCAGCAGAAGGCGGAUUCAUCACUCACGGUGAGGGCGAUGGAAUCUUCUCUUACCAUGCACCUGGGUGGUCUCCGCAGCAGACGGCGGACUUCGAUCCUCUUGAACUCGGGAUCAUCCACAUCACCCGUAACGCUAGCUAUACCAUGGUCAAUAACAACGUGCCCGCCUUCUUCCCCAUCCCCAAUGCUCCUGAGAUUUGGGUUGUUAAUAAUGCCACCGCUGGCACUGGGCUUAGCUGGCUGGGUGGAGCUUGGGCUCAACACUACGAAGUUUGGGCCGUCCAGUUUGGUAACCUGUUUUGGACCAAGAUUGCCACGUACGUUCUGGAUGAUGUCGACGCUGGCACCGCAUACUUCCCGAUCGACGUGUAUGCACCAGAGCAGGCAACGACGAUCACCUACUCUGCACUGCCAACCAAUGCACCAAACAUCCCAUGGUCUGACCCCAAGCUGCCGAAGACGACAGGUCACCCUGGCUGGUUGCCUUUCAAGCGUGAUCAGAUGGGUGAGGCGAGGGAUACACCCCAGCCCGAUUUGGGUUGGAAGAGCGGGUUCUAUGUCAUGCGUGGCGUGAGCGUGGAUGGCAUCCCUGGUCCAUUCUCCAACGUGGUCAUUGCUUACUGAGCCAUUGUUGUCCAAUCUCAUUCCAUAGCUAAUUGUUGAUCGUCAGUAUCUGUCGCGUACGCGACCCUUGUUCUGUAUACGGUACGAAACCUCGAAGUGUUUGUCACGUUUUCGGAUGGUAGAAACACGAGGACCUUACGCGCAACCAGGCCACAGAUAGGCACAACACAUAUUGGAAACAACAUCGAGCACGGAUUAGCCGGUCCGCCACAAUAAAUCUCACUUGAUCUUGUCGAGGGGCCGGUUGAAACCGCCUCGCCUGUUCAUGUACUGUCUCCAUGUCCGCUGCUUGUUGACAUUGGCAGCACCCACCUCAUUCCCCCUAACCUCCUUCCCAUGCGUGCUCCCGAACCCACCAAAGCCCAUCAUCGUCAUCAUCGCCUGCUCGUCCGGAUUCGGUCCUUCUUCAACUACCUCCCCCUCGUCUUCUUCUUCCGCUGUGGUCGGUUUCCCCACAGAAGGUGCCUGGUUCGACGUGACUUGAGGGUGUACU